CAUACCAAUGAAGAUGGCGGCGGUGGGCUCUGCCAAAUCCACUGGACUGGGGCAGAGAGGCAAAACCAGGCCUGGCGCUCCCGCCACUCCUCUGACUCUGGAGGAAGCUCGGUGUCCCGUGUGCUCUGAGAUACUGUUGGAGCCGGUAACGAUGCCAUGUGGACACUCGGUGUGCCUGCAUUGCUUCCAGCGUACGGUGAAGUUAAUCAGUUUAUGCUGUCCGCUGUGCCGGCUGCGAGUGUCCAGCUGGGCCCGUAAACAGUCCCGGGAGAAGAGCUUGGUCAACACCGAACUCUGGGAGCUGGUUCGUCUCAGUCACCCGGAGAGAUGUAAGCGGAGGAUGGAGCAGAGAGAUGGAGAGACCGGGGACGGUGAAAUUUUUCGUGCACCCGUACCCAUUCACAAGUCUGGAGAAAUGCGCCAAGAGUAUGAUAAACAAAAAAUGAAGAGCGGGUCUUCAGCACAGCGGAAACAGAGGAGAGAAAGAAAAAACAUUCUCUCAACAGAAGAGUGUGGAAUUCUAAAGCUUUACCAAUAUCCUUUCUGUGGAUUCUCAGAUGCUGAGAAUGAAGAGCCUGUUGGAAAGAGGACCAGACAUGUUUCAGCAUUUGUACGAAAAACAAAGUGCUCCCCUGCUUUCAAUAGAGGUUGCCUUCAUAGCAGUGCAGUUCAGAGGAGCAGGAGUUGUACUGACUCUGAGGAUGGCAGAGGAAAAAAUAGAGGUCACGCGCAUCACAGUGUUUCUGAAAAGGCUAACAUCACUCAUAGUUUCAACGCUGGAAUUCUUCUCUCCUCUGAGAACAGUAGGUCUUUCUCAGCACCGGUACUCAGCCUAGAUAAGAGGCACCACUGGCGGGGUGUCCACACCUCUUGUACUUCACUCGGGCUUCAAACAAAACCAGAGAGGUCCAUUAGCCCCGAAAGCAAUGAUAGCAUAUCAGAAGAACUUAACCAUUUUAAGCCUAUCGUCUGCUCGCCAUGCACUCCACCCAAAAGGCUGCCUGAUGGGGGACUUUUGGAACCCACGAUUGUAAAGUCAACUCCUAGGAACUUGACACGCAGUCUGCACAAGUCCACGAGCUACGAGGCCAGCCCCACCAUCUUGCAGAAGUGGAAGCAGAUUGAGGUGGAUCGUCAGUGCACCAAAGUGACCUCUAAAGGUACCAUCACAAGUCCUAUCGCAGAAGAUCUCAGCCUUAAACUGAGUCCCGUGGAAGAGAGGGACAGUCAAACCUGCAAAUGUGUUGUAGUCAAGGACGACUUGCAAGAUCAUCAAUGCAUGUGCCGUGCAAGCACAGAAGAGUCUAAAAGACAGAAAGAAAAGCCUGUACUCUGGAAAAAGCGACGGCUUAUAUUUGAUCUGCGUAACAAAGAGGAAGGUACACCACCAGCUAGUGCUCUCACAAGAUCGAUAACACAAACUAUUGCCGAUACUUCAACCUCAGAGGGGCACAGCAGAUGUAAAACACUUUGUGAAUUCGGACCAUCAGGAGUGAGUGAACAGAUGUUUGACAAACACAUUGGACAUUGUAAUCCGGGUACUAUAGAUCCUGUGAACCUUAUAAAUGAGCCCACUACCCAGAGCUGUGCACUUAACAGACCUACCUCAAGAAGGGGCAAAAAGAGAAGCCACAAAACGAAACACUUGGAAGAUACUGUACAGUCAAAAAUAUCCAGGAUAGAUGGUUGCAAUGCCUGCAACAGGUUUGAUGAUUUGUUGGUCCAACAAAUUAAUCAGGAAAAGGAGGACCGAGAACUGGCACUUAAGCUACAAAGACAAUUUGACAGUGAACGUCAAAAAGUGGACAGGCACAAGACAAUUUGUAACAAAUAUGUUCUCCGGUCCUGGGCUUUGAAAGAUGGGACAGUAGGACAAAAUACUCGCAGAUCAGGUAGAAUCCCCAAACGAAAUGAGCGCUUCAACUGUAGUUAUUAAAAUAACGUUUAUAGUAGUGUUUUAUUGUAGCUAUUAGUCACAGUCACUAAAGUUUUCUUUGAUUAGUCACAAAAGAGGCUUUCUAACUUCUGGAUAAGUAAUGCAAGAUAAGUAUUUACUUAUUUUACUUGUAAUCUUGCAGCUUUUUAUCCAAAGCAACUUGCAUUGCAUUGUUGAAACAGUCCACCUUGAGUAAAAUGUGGAUAAAUGCCUUUGUUCAAGGGCACAAUUCAGUGUUGGGUAAAUUAUAAAAGAAAAAAGUAAUCCACUAUAAAUAACUACUUCUAUAGAAAUGAUAAUCAUUACCUUUCUGAUUACGUCAUUGAAAGGUAAUCACAUUAAUAAUUACUUUUACUUUCUGAAACACUUCACAAUUUUUAAUUUUUUUGCUCAACAAAUUCAAAAUAAUAUAUUUCUUCCUUGUUCAUUGUUGCAUGCAAUUCAUGCACUCAGCGCUAGGUCUGGGCGAUAUAUAUCGUAGCAACGGUAUAAUUUAUCAACCAGUAGAGAUUUUUCUAUACCGUCAAUAUCACGGUUUGUAAAUAUCUGUGUGCCCGAUGCUCCACCUGUCUGCACGUGAGACUAUGUCCACACUAAUACGUUUUCAUUUGAAAGCGCAUAUUGUUCUCUGUUUUGGCCUUCCAUCCACACUGAGACAGAGCUUUUCGAAAUUGUUUCCCAAGUAGAUACAUUUUAAACACCAUCUUCGCAUUGUAUUGUGGACAGGAAAAACAGAAAUAUCUGAAAACUAUGGCGUAUUUGUUUUUCAUGUGACGCAGUCAUGUGAUCCAUUCAACCCAAAACAAUCAAGAUGGUGGCCCAUGUUGUAGCGGCGAUGUGCCUGCUAUUCACUUUGAUAGCAUUGUUAAAGAUCAAUUUUACUUUGAACAACCUUCAUAUUGCAUUCCUUUAAAGGCAUUGGGAAGUUAAUUAAUUAUUGCUGUGUGGUGAGGGAACAUUAGGACAAUUGCGUUUUAGACCACACAUGGAACGCCGAUAUUUUUCAUUAUUUUUGCAAGUGCAGUAAGCUGAUUUAAGAGUUUUCAUAUAAUUUGGAGUGGAUGAGCAACUUUUGGAAAACAAUGGUAAACGGCAGUGUGGACGGAGAGCGUUUUGAAAAUGGAAACGUUGUUUUUCAAAUGUAUCCGGAUUAAUUUGGACGUAGCCUGAGACUGAUAGUAAGAGAGUCGAACGACCAUGGAGAAAGAUAAACACCCAGAUCAAGGGAAGACUCUUGAAUAAGCCAAACGCGGGAUGAGGAAUACAUUUUUUGCCUUAAAAGUUGUGGUUUUCUCAUGUUAUUUGAUUAGAGCGCUCUUUCUUACCUGAGCACCCAGUGUGCAUGCCGGGAGAAAGAGAGAGCGAGACAACCUCAGGUUCUAAUUACUUUUCAUUCUGAGAAAAAGUAGGAAGAGCUUGUUAAUUAAAUGCUGCGUUCUCCGUGGUUUGAAACUGACCCUCCUAAAAACGCCUUUGCACACUAGAGGUCUGCACAUGCCUUAAAAUGAAACCCGACCCGUGCCCGAGACUGUGAGGACCAACCCUACACGGCCCGAACGAUACUGCCAGAUAUUAAGCCCGAACCAGAAAUCACUUACUAUCUAAUUUCUGACCUCCUAUAAAGGGUGCUAGCAAGUACAGUUGCAAUUGACUGUAUUUUAUGUAAACGUAUAGGCAACAUACGUAACCGUAUUGAAACGGCAAACAUACAGUUUUAACAAGGCAAAGCAGCCCCUCAGUACUCUAGAGCAGAAGGGAAAAAAGCAUUGCCUUUUUGCUGAAACUUGACAUGGUGUUUAAAAUGUACGAGACAUGGUGCAAAUGUCAAAGACAUGUUUGCAUAGGAAAACAGUGGGCAAACAGAUUUCACCGCAAUUUCUCGCCACUAUUAACAUUGUUAAUAGAAACAAUGGAUUGCUAUGAAGCCAUUCACACCUGAAGUGAACAUUCACUUGCCAACAAAGCAUUUUAUUUAUUUUUUACUGUGUGCUGCCACAAUUUUUUGCCUUUGCUUUAAUCUUAGGCAAGUUCACUUACAUCUGUAAUGUAAUAGAUAUUGCAGCAUCUUUGCCUUUAUAUCACAUUUUAAAAUAAAAAAUGCUUUACAGAUCUUAAUAAAAACUAUUAAUACUAUUGCUGUAAUUUGCAGUGCACUCUCUAUGUGCCUUUGUAUACCAAAAACAUGGUGGUAUCCACAAUUAUGUAAUCGUUAUUGUUGCGCUAUCUUUAAGUCAUUAACAGCUGUGCUGCCAUUAGUGGUAUUAAAGUAUCUUAUAAUGGAUUAGACUGUAGAUAGGUUUUGUGUUUAGAUGUCGUGACGUUUAAAAUGUAUCAUGCAGAGUUCUGAGCAAAUGCAUAACAAGCAUAGAUACACAUGGCAGUGGGUUAUAGUCAGUAUUGUUCCAAUUGACAACAUUUGUUUGAACAGUCAUUAUGUGAUUAUAUUAUGCAGUAAUUUUAAACAAAUGUACAUAGCACAAAUAUAUACAGUAUGUGUGGCGGUGUCAUAUAAUGAGUAUUGUUCAAGAUGAUAACAUGUUUUAAACAUUAAUAUUCAUUUUUAACACUUGAUUCUUUCCGAAUCACCAAUCAGACAGUGUAUACAUGGUUGUUUUGCAAACUUGCCAAGAGGUUGUUCUCCUCAUUCAGGAUGGGUGAAGGGCAGACCAGCUGUAUGGUGCUUUACAUGGUUAAAAUUGCUUGUUGAUAAGCGCCACCUAUUUUUUAUGUGAAAGGGGCAUUUGUUGGCGAUUCGUUUCACAUUAUCACAUUGCCUCUGGUGUGCAAAGGCCUUAAACCUUAAAACACAUACACUAUAUGUAUUUGUUUUGAUUUUUGCCUCCCAUUAGAUAACUUUUUUGGCAACUAUAUAUCCUACAAGAUUUACAUCGUUGACAAAGUUAUUUAAUAAUUCCUUAAGUAAUUAUUUGCUUCUCUCUUCAUGUUUGCUGUAUUAAAGAUGACAGUAGGAACGCUUGCUGGUGUCCGCAACAGUAAGAAAUGGCAGCCAGGUUUAAUGCCUUUGCUCACAAGAGGCGACGUGAUCCAAAGCUCAUAUUUUAUUGGUCAUGGCAUUUAAUCAAAGCCGUUACUUAAUAUUGCUGACAUUGGCAAGCGUUCCUAGUGGUAUCUUUACUACCGCAAACAUUCAAAACAAAUGUGAAGAGAGAAGGAAAUAAUUACUUCAGGAAUUAUUAAAACAACUUUGUCAACUGUGAAAAUGUAUAUAUAUCUUGUGGGAUAUAUUUGCCAAAAAACUUAUGUAAUGGAAGGCAAAAUUAAAAACAAAUAAAUAUAGUGUAUAAUUAGAGAGAAGCCUCAUUUUUGCUUAGUUGAAAAAAGAUAAAUUAUUAUUUUUAAUAAUUAUUUAUUGAUUGAUAAAGUUUUUCAUGUCAAUGGACAUGACAGGUCUACAAUUAAGAUACUUUGGACAUAGUUUUUAUUGAAAAAGGAACUUUUAUAAUUUUUUUCAGACAUUUUUGAAUCACUUUCCAUCAACAUGUGUAGGCUAUAUUGUCAUAUAUAUUGUUAUCUACCAAAAACGUCUGGAAUAUCAAAUUGUUUGCUUCUUUCGCAUAUGUAGAAAAAAGGCAUAUUGAAUACAUAAACCCAUUUUUGUUGAUUUUUCCAGAAAAGAAAAAUAAACUAUAUCGCGAUAUAUACCGCUAUCGUGAUCUAGAAAUUUGGUUAUAUCGCCCAUUCCUACUCAGUAGAACUACAUGUUUCUCCCUUACAAUGGCAUAUUAUGUUUUUUAUGUUUUAAAUUGUACAUAAAUAAUACUAUUUCAUAAAUGCGGAAGGCAAGUACGGUAUCUAAAAGUUAUUAGAUUACAGUUACUGACUUGAGUUAAUUACUAUAAUUUUGAAUGUAAUGCAUUACACAACCUUUCUCAAAAGUAAUUGGAUUACAGUAACUAAUUUACUUUGUAAUCAGAUUACACCCAACACUGAAAGUCAUACAGGAUUGGGCUCUCAGCAUCCAUCUCUUUUUAGUGAUUUGGAUUUGAACCUGCAGUUUUUUUUAUUUCUAUCCAGCUUUGUUUAAUUGUCAUCUAUGUCCAAUAUCAAAUAAUAGGGGAAACUAGGUCUAUGUUGGUCAGGGAACAUAAAAUAUACAGAAUAAUGAACAUUCAAAGGCUCUUUGGGAUUUAUCUCAGUCUGUAGUACUCCUUGCAGUCUCUUGGUGCUCCUCACAAUUACUCCACAAGAAUUCUGCUUGCAUUUUUCAAAGAAUAUCAUAGAAAAUGUGCCAGAACAAAAUUUGUUGUGUACAAAAAUGUAGCAAACCCUUUUACCCCAACUUUCAAUAUGUAGUGAAUUUCUGUCAAAUCUAAAACAGUUACAUUUAUUUUAUUAUAAAUAAUUAAUUUGGGUAGAAAACUAUGAAAUUGUAGCCUAAGACCAGAAAUAUACACAAAGUACACAAGUACUUUGUAAGUACACAAAUGCAGAUGUGAAUGCUUGGCCAAUACCUUCCAAACACUCCCAUUGUAUAUCUACAAGUUGAUGUCUAUACAUUUUCCGAUGUUAAAAUACUUCUAUCCCCACUUAACAUGCUGAGGGAUCUUUUAGUUGCUGAGCCAUUCAAAUGUUGCCAUGCAUGACAGAGAAAAUUGACCACAGAGGAAAACAGCUUGCACUAAUGCACAUUAUAAUGGCCAUUACAUCAGUUCUGAGAUUGCAGUGCUUACUUGCGUUGUUACAGAUUGUAUUCUUACACAUUUCAGAGUCCAAAGGCACGACAAAUGCAGCUUGUGAGCUAGUGUUUACUUUCAUGUACUUGCAUCGAGUAUGUUUUGAGUUUAACUAUUUGCAAAUACAUUUUGGGAUAUUAAGUAAAUAACUGUAAAAUAGUUUGUUCAGUUCAAACACUAAAAGACUGCGUAAAAGUCAAUGUUAGUUGUGAUUUAUAAAUGCAAUCAGUUUUAUGUGUUAUUUUUAAUUGAAACUUUAUUUGAACCCUUUUUUUUCCUACAAUCAGGAUCACUUAUCUAAAUAAUUUAGAUGUUAUAACUGUUUCUAAAUAUUACUGAAUUGUGAUUCAAGAUAGGUUGUAUGGAGGAUGAAACCAGAAAAAAAUGUAUAAAUAAAAAAAAUACACAAAUACAUGUAAAUAUAUUUGUGCAUAAAUAAAUAUAUAAAUCGUCACCUUCCUAAAAUAAUGUCCCAUGUUAUUUUUUGACAAAACAUUUUUUUUGCCUAAAUCAUCUCCUCAUGAUGCUGGCCACCUCUGGUAAAUUUUCUGAAAAACCUGAAAAAAAAAAGACUUGGGACAUUAUUUUAGGAAGGUGACGAAAUAAUUAAAUGUGCAAGAGGAUAUGUAUAAAUAAUGAAUAUAUGCACACAUUAAUGUAAAAUAAAACACUAUAAAAUGAUUUGGGAAAUGCAAUAAUGUCAAAGGAAAUGUAAAAUUGAAAGUUGAUUUUUAAUUCUAUAUUUCUUUCAUCAUUAAAUUAUUUCUGUAUGUAGUUCCAUUUGAUAUUUUCCAUCGUAAAACAUGUUAAUGAGAGAAUGUCAAUCAAACAUCAGUAGGCAGAAUUGAUGUCAUGAUUGGCUGAUCAUUGUAAAAGUGCUUCGCUUUAUGACAUUAAUAAGGACAUAACACAAUUUUCACAAUCAAUAAAGUUUAGCAAAGGGUCUUUUAUGAUUCUCCAGACUAUUCACUGCUUUGCAGAGCAACUGUGCUAUCAACCUUCUUUUCACCAUGGUGAAACUGCAAACUCCUGCCAAAAUCUGUUGCAGUUGGUAUCAAUAAUUUAACUGAUGCCUGAACAUCCUCUCAUUAGCAUGUUGCGCAAAGGACAAAAAAAUAAAAUACGGAACUCAUUAAUGAUUAAAGAAAAAUCAACUUUUAAUUUUGCAUUUCCUUUAACAAUUUACAUUUACCCAACCAUUUAUUUGUUAUAUUGUAUUAUUUUUUUCAUUGAUUGGUGCAUUUAUUUAUUUGUAUAUCUCCUCACACAUUUAAUUAUAUAUUUGUUCAUGCAUUAAUAUUCAGAUUUAUUUGCAUAUUUAUUAUUUUUGCCGGUUUUGUCCUCCAUGAGGUUGAGAGCAUAUAUGCAAAUAAAUGCAUUUAGACACUUCUGUAACAGCUUUGCAUGCAACAUCAGAAUGAAAAAUCGAGCUUGAUUCAGCAACAAUCAAAACAAAAUUGUUAAUUUUCUGAGAUUUUUUUUUUUCUUUUAUAUUCUUUUUGAAUCAAUUUUAGCUUGAUGUUCACCUACUAUGAGACACUACUCGGAAGGGCUACUUUUUGAAUUGAGAACUUUAAGCUUGGUUUACUGAAGAGAUCUUGUGACUUGUUUCUAUGAAGAAAGCUUUAAUCAUACUACUUUUGCUGAAAAAGUGACAUUCACCCAGACUAUGUUUAUGCACAUACAUUUAAUCUAGCUUUUCACAUUGAUCUAAUUUUAUUUCAGACAAUUAAUUCUUUGUAAUGUGCCAACAUGGCUGAUUUCUGCAAAAUGGGGCCAUAUAUUUAUAAUUAUUAUUUACAGGUUAAUUUCAUUUCUAUACAAUUUUUGUGUAGACAAGAAAAGAUCAAAUAAAUGUGUAUUUGUCACUGUACUAUUUUAGAAAAAUUAUUUGCCUUGAUACUGAUACAAAGAGGUUAUUAAGAUUGUCAUUUUUGACUGGCUUUCAAAGCACCUGGAUUGUCUUCCAUUGUUGAAAUGUAUUCGCUGGGUUUGAAAGAGAAUGUUGCAUUAUUUAGAAAAUACAAAUUCUGCAUACAUUGUGAUCUACAACUGACUUAAAAUGAAUUAAAUAAUGUUGCCUUUACUUUUAAGGUUUAGAUUUUUGCCUUUUUUGAUUUAAGAGCAUUUAAAGCAUUUACUUUGUCUUUGACACAUCUCAUUAGAUGCUCAGGAUGGAAAUAUGUUUGUUGUUUCAGUAUGCCUUGCUCUCUAUGACAAAGUCUAUUCAAGGCUAUUCAUUAUCAGCCCUAUUUUUCAUAUGUAUAACUUGACAUUUCAUACAUUUGCCAAUCCUUCUUUGCAUUUUUUUUGUCAUGUUUAACUUGAAGGAAUUCACUGAAGAAAAUUAAGAUUAAAAAAAAACUUUAUCCAAUGAAUAAAACUAAAUAAAAACUCA